AUGAUCUCAAAAACCCAAAAUCAAACGGGAAUAUGUGGCAAAACAAGUUCGUUCAUCCCUAAACUAUACAGUGAACACAAGAACCCACCCCCAAUUUCAACCAGAUUCGUUACCAAUCGUGAUUUGCAGUUGAAAUUGACAAGUAUCGACAAUGUGAUUCAAGAUGGCAUAGGUGGUGAUGGCUUACCAGCAAUAGCAGAACGAUGGUGGCAAACAAUGGUGGAAUGGUGGCGGUUUUGUGGCAGUGGGUGGCAUCCCUACUGUUGGCUUUUCUUGCUUCUAGUGGUUCACAGUAUUGAAGGAAAAGGGAAAGCAGUAACAGGUUUUCAAGGGUGUUUGUCAACUUGCUUGAUAGAAAAGGAAUCGAAGGAGGAAAGUUUGGUGGUUUAUGGCGGUGGGGCUUGGUCGACCAAAACGGUGGUGGCAGCAGGUGGUGUGUGGGCAGUGGGAAGUGGUAGAGUGUGA